UGGAUCCACUCAGCCCCUGUGCCCACAUCUUGAUUCUCAUCUGAAAACUUUCUCAGGGGGUUGUGACCAAAGUUUAUUCUUAGCGUCUGUCUCAGCUCUCCCUCCUCUCUGUCCGUCUGUUCCUCACUUUUUGUGUUUGUCUGCUUCAGCUGUUGUGUUCGCUUACUUUCAGUGUUUGCCUUUGACUUUUUCUCUAUUCUCCCUAAGAUAUUUUUUCUUCUUUUGUCACUUUCGUGGUGAAGCUUCGGCAUCGUGUCUUCCUUUCACUUCUGGUCUCAGCUGACAACACUGCAGGCUAUUUUUUACUUUUUCACAACUCCUCGUCCUCCAGUUUGUUCCUGUGCUGCUGCUUGACUAUUUAUCGUGCCGACCUUGGCGCUUUUCCUCUCCACAUCUCCUCAUCGCCUUUUGUUCCUGCCGCUACCUCACCUGCAUCUCCCCUUCACCUUCGGUGCAGCAUCCCUCCAUCCGCCUCUCUUCCACUCAGGCUCGUGUUUUCUCUGAGAAGAUCUGCACUGCUGUGCGAUGGGAAAGACAGAGCUGCAUUCUCUGUUUAAGGGUUUUCUGGACUGUAUUUGCCUCUGCCUUUCUAAAAGAAGCGGCCAGGCUGCAAACGACAGUGAGAGGGACUCUGAAAAUGGUCACCUGAUCUACAAAAGUGGUGACAUCCUUGACGACAGAUAUGAGAUAGUCGACACUUUAGGUGAGGGGACCUUUGGGAAAGUGGUUCAGUGUGUGGACCACAGCAGAGGAGGAAAUCAAAUCGCAUUGAAGAUCAUAAAGAACCAGGACAAAUACAGAGAAGCAGCCAAACUUGAAAUCAACGUCCUGGAGAAGAUCAGUGAGAAUGAUCCGCACAACAAACAUAACUGCGUGCAGAUGCUCAACUGGUUUAACUACUACGGCCAUGUGUGCAUCUCCUUUGAGCUGCUGUCUCUCAGCACAUUUGACUUCUUGAAAUCAAACAACUUCCUGCCGUAUCCAAUUAACCAGAUCCGACACAUGGCCCAGCAGAUCUGCCACGCUGUCAGCUUUCUCCAUGACAACAAGCUGACUCACACUGACCUGAAGCCUGAGAACAUCCUGUUUGUCAACUCGGACUACUCCCUCACAUACAACGCCGAGAAGAAGUGCAAUGAGAGGCGGGUAAACGACACCACAGUGCGGCUCGUCGACUUCGGCAGCGCCACCUUUGACCACGAACACCACUCUGUCAUCAUCUCUACUCGUCACUACCGAGCCCCAGAGGUCAUACUUGAGUUGGGUUGGAGUCAACCGUGUGAUGUGUGGAGUAUCGGCUGCAUCCUGUUUGAAUACUACAAAGGGUUCACACUCUUCCAGACUCAUGACAACAAGGAGCAUCUUGCUAUGAUGGAGAGAAUACAGGGACCGAUUCCUCAGAGGAUGAUUCAGAGGAGCAGAAAGCAGAAGUAUUUCCACCGUGGACAUCUAGACUGGAACGAGUGCUCCAAAGCCGGACGCUACGUCAAAUCCAAAUGCAAACCGUUAAGGGAAUACUUGUUAUCACACGGGAGAGAGCACCACCAUUUUUUCGAUCUCCUAGAGAGGAUGCUGGAGUACGACCCCUCAAAGCGUAUUUCUCUUUCCUCUGCUCUGUGCCAUCCCUUCUUCCAGCCCCUCCAUCAUCCAGGAAGAAGUCAGGGAUGGAGGAACAGCUGUGACAUGAGCAGAUGACCUUUGGUAGACGCUUAACCAUAUGUGGACCAUAUGGGGAGGGUGUUUGCAAGUUUAUUUUUAAUUUAAGCUUUUAAAAAAAAUUGGUUUAAGUUAUUUGAGUUAAAGACAGUUAUUUGAGUUGACAGCUAACAGUGAAAGAGAAAGUCUGAAAGCAUCAUUGUAAGCAGCUUCUCAGAUAAAUGGAAGUUUGAACAGUUACAGCUGAUUGAGCUGGAAGAGAGAAAGGAGAGAAGCACUACAAAGGCAAAUCAGUGGGAUUUCUGUUGUAUUGCUCAUUUCCUUUCAAGUAGGGAAAAAAAUUAAUUUAGCAGACACGUUUGUCUAAAGGUGCUAGCAAUUUUUUUCUGAGCAUAUGAUUUUUAUGUUUGUUUGCUUUUCUAUGCUUCUGUUAAAAUUGUCUUAAAAUUGUUUACACGCUUGUCAAGUAUGGAAAGACUUGACAAAUACAACCUAUGUGACAUUGUAAAAAUCCAACAGUCUCAGCCUUAAUGUACCCCCCAAAAACAGAGGUAAUGAGUCUAUAGAUAUUAUUUAGAAUAAAUGUGAUUUUUUAAGUGUAAUUUUCAAGUUUGUAGUUUUGUUUAAUUAUAUAAAACAUUAAAAAAAAUAAAAGAAUUAUAUAUAACAUUAAAAAAGGAAACAAUUGAAAACUAUAAAAGUUAUUUGCUUUUACUUUUUUUUAUGCUGUACUUUUUAUAUUGGGGGAAAAAAGAUGAAGAAAUGGCACAGGUGCCAAAUGUUAAACUACUAAUGGAGAACUGACCUUAACAAGCAAAUCAACUGAAGGAAAUAUUACAUCUUAGGCUUGUGUGAUGAUCAGAAUUAUGAUUAAGGUGACCAGAUGCCAUGUCUGAAAGUCUCAUCGCCAACUUAAAAAGAAAAAUAUAAUAAAUCAAAAAUGAAUCUAGCAUGUAAAGGCCAACUAAAUUAACCUGUUAUGCAGUCGUCCUUAUUUAACCCUAUAUUCAUGUUCUUAUAUUAGCUAUAUCUAAAAAAACAUUAGAUUAGAUUUUUAGUCAAUUGUAACACACAUGCACUGUGUCACUUCAUGCCAUAUUCCCCCAUCUGUGAAACUGAAAUAUAAUUUUAGCUAAAAGACAAAAAUUGUAUUUCUCAGUAUAAACUGCCAAAUCAUUUUCUUUGUGGUAGGUUCCAUCAGAUUAAACAAGCCGCUAACUUUUUGGUGACUUCUUGCUCUGAUGGGACAGGCUAACCUCCAGUUAAAUAUAAUAAAAAGCCUUCUCUAAACAAGCAAAAAACAAAACAGAGUUUAGGAAAGUGCAGUGAAAAUGUGGGACUUUGCUUUGUGGGAGAUGCGAUAAAACUCCUGCGGAGUCCCACAAAAAGAGGGACAUCUGGUCACCCUAGCAAAAACACUGAAGUUUGGAAACAGGUUAUCUAGUAAUGGUUAUAACAAACACAACAGACGUCGUCUUCGUGCUAAUAGAAGAAACAUGUUCUAAAAUUGGAAAUUUUAAAGGGAAAAAAAUAAAAAGUAUUCAGAUAUGUCUAACAUUUGGAGGACAUGUUGUAUUUGAAAGCUGAAGAUGUAUGAUCCUUUCAGUUUUGUGCUUGCAGUCACUUUAUGGCAAUUUUUAUGUUUUCUGUAAUAAAUUUUGCAUAAAAUAGCA